AUGGUGGCUGUUCGGCCGCCGUCGAGCCUCGAUGCUCGACGCGACGUCUCGUGGUUCGCCAUGCGAUUCGCCAUGAGCAGCAUUCUCGCGCUUCGCAAGCGCCGUGCACAAGAGGCAGUCAGUCACGACGUGCAGAGAAAGAGGACGAGAAGGGAGUACGGCCGGACGCUAGAUGACGUUGCGGGCGUUAUUGUAAUCGACGACAAUGAUGUAGAAGCGGUAGAAGAAGAGCGGAAGAAGAGCGAGAGAAUCAAGGACAAGGCAAGAAGAAAUGGUCCAAUGAACAGCGAUCUGUCGGACGUGGAACAGGAUAUGAUACAGGGCGAAGAAGUGCUAGAAGAGCUUUCCAAGGCGAACAACGAUGAGGUUGCUGAGAUGGUAAAGCUUUCCGAUUGGAUGAAGAGGUGCCCGUACAAAUUUACAGUCAAGAUCAGCAGAAUCCUCGACUGGGCGAACUUCAAAGAUGCAAAGGAUGAGUUGAGGGCUGCUCGACUCAUGAAGGUCGUUAGCUGCAUCAAAGAAGCUCAAUACGGCGGUUGCACAAUAACAAAGAGAGAAAUCUUCUACAUGGACCCGACCCUGUUCAAAAAGCAAGCCAACGUGAACGUGCUCAUCGAUGAUAUCUGCGCAUGCGUGCGGUGUGAACCACAUGAACUUAAUGUCGUCGCUCAGUCCAAGGCGCUCUUCAUCGGUGGUGCUUGCUUUGGAGGUGCGCCAAUCGGUUCAGAUUUCCUGCAGAUGUACUGCACGAGAAGGGAGACGCUAGUGCCACCGGCGACGAGCAAUGAGACCUUACAGAUCCAUCCCGACGUCAAAUGGGUCCUCGUGCUCGAGAAGGAGGCUGUUUUCCAUACAUUUGUCGAGAGCAAGGUGGCUUUCGGUGCAAAUGAAGAACACCCAGAAGGGAUCAUUAUCACAGCAAAGGGUUAUGCAGAUCGGGCGACAAGAAGCUUUCUAGAGAAGCUGGCCUCGAUUGCGCAUUCGAGGCAGCAGCAAGGGACUCGCUCGCUCAUUGCCCUCCCCAUAGAUCCGUAUGGCAUGGACAUCGUCCGCACGUAUCGUUAUGGAUCACAGAGCACACCGAACCUCACACGACGACUGCAGUGGAGAGGCUUGAAGCCGUCGGCUUGGGACAUAGAGAACAUUCUCGGAAGCGGGGAGGCAUUUGCGCCUCUCACGCACGGCGACCGCACCAAGGCCGUUUUCUUGCUUCGAAACGAUCAGCUCAGUCACGAUGAAUGGAAGGAGACAGCUCGUUUGCUAAUACUAGGGAUAAAGAUGGAGCUCGAGGUCUGCAAUGUUGGGCAGCUCGUCAGCAUCGCCAAGCUCAUUGAGAACGCCCGGACUAGUCCCCGAGGACGUGAGCCGUGA